UCUCUCUCUCUUGCUUCCUCUCUUUCAUCUCUCUUUCCUCCCUUUCUCUCAUUUUCUACUCUCUCCUGUUUCCUCUUUUCUUGUCAAAUUAUAAACACUUUAACAUUUUCAUCAUCUUUCUUCCUUUUCCUGUCUUCUUCUUUGUAUUUUUUUAUUCUUUUCUCUCAUCUUCUUCCGUGCUUGCGAAAUACGCACAACUGAAUUCCGCGAGCGUCUGUCAACGCAAUCAGCAACAUCAGCAAUAGAAGUAGACGUAACGACAGCAUCAUCAGCGGUCUAAGCCAACGGCAGCAGCAGCAGCAGCAGUAGCAGCGGCACUCAAGCUAGUCACGCCAGCGCCUCGCGUACCAACAGGCGCGCGAGUAUCUAUUUAUAAUUUCGUCAAACGUAACGGAGGACGAAAUCGAACGUCAUACCGCGUACGACCACCUACGCCAGCUGCGAGGAAAACGAGCGCCGAGUGUGAGAUCGGCGUUGAUCGAAGACCGCGAGCGUGACGCGGCGCGGCGCGACCGCGCCUUUAAAUCGCAUAGCCGAAAGACGUAAUAGGUCGAUCGCGUGCGACAUUCUCGUCGUCCUAAAGUUCAAGGAUUCGGUCGUAGUUUGUUGACCGAACUGACGAAUUUCCCGAAUCCCACCGCGGGACUUGCGAAUCUCCAGAGAGUGCGACGAAUUUUCUCGCAUUCGCUCAUCCUUGAGAGCAGGUGCCAUCGACAGCGAGAAGGAUUCUCCGCUUCCUAUUUCUCUCCGUGACGAAUCUCGUAUCGACGCACUCUCGCCUCUCUCUUUUUCUCUCCCUUUCUCUCCUAUCGCGACACCGACCAGUCGAUCCGCGCGCGCGGCUACCCCGUCGAGAGAGGAGGGUGGAGGGCGCCGCGAGAGAGGGUGACGACGGUAAAGUGAUAUCGUAACACGGGUGGUAUCGACGAAACGGAUCGACGAGGGAACGAUCGGCAGCAUCAAGAAGCGGAAGAAGGCGGGAAAUGGGCAAGGUAUCAUGCGCAACAUCGACAACGUAACCCUCCGCACGUCGGAGUCCGUCGCAGUUGAGUGUCGUCGUGCGACGUCGCCAUCAUCGUCGGCGUAGUAGCGCCUCGCCCGAGGCGAGGAAUCCGUUCGGCGACCGAUCGGCUCGUGGUGCACGUACCUAUGUGUCCGUCCGCGAGUCCGUGAAGACUUCGUGACGACGUGAUCCAGGGCUGUUACGCUAUUCGGCUGAGGUGCGCGCUGGGAGCAUGCGGGCUUCGGGCGAGGCCCGGCGAGGCGGCCCCGCGGGUGGACCGGGCUAAAGGAACGAUCGCAUAUCGGGAGGGACACUCGCGAACGCGGGCACGGGGUGCCGCGGCCGUGCCCGCACCCGCACCCCCCUAUCUCGGCGCCGCGCCGGCCACGCGCCGAUCAGGCUGAUCCUAAGGACGCGGGAAGCGAGCUGGACUCGCUUUCAGACGCAUGGAACAUGAUAGAGAUGUCGAGUGGACUCGGUGCAACUGCAAUGGGAAUCGGCGUUAGUCACGGGACAGGCGGCGAGGGUGUAGCUGGUGGUUGUCGCCUCCGUGCACAGAACCAAGGCCAAGCCUCGGGAUCCACGAUGCAGCAUAGUAAUCCGCAACAGUCGUCUCAACAGCAGCAGCAGUCGCAACAGCAACAACAGCAGCAGGCGCCUGCGUCACAACAACAGUCGCAACAACAACGCCAGGCAGUCGGAUUCAUGGGCCGAUCGAAGAAGGACAACUGUUGCCUAUGCUGGUGCUGUUGUUGCAGUUGCUCGUGUAGGAAUAAAUGUUUGGCGGCAGUCGGCGGUAAUUCGGGUACCGGUGGAGCGGGUGAUCAAGGCAAGAAGAAGGGCAACGCCGGCGUCGGCGGCGAGCAUGGCGGCGGCAUCGGCGUCACCGAUCUCGCGGGUGCAGGUGCAGGUAACGGUCUCGACGGACUCGACGGCUUCGACGGCGGCCUGGAAGCUUGUUGCAACUUGGAAGAGAUCCGAGCCUGGGGCUCGUCCUUCGACAAACUGAUGAGGAACGCCGCCGGACGCAAGCUCUUUAAAGAGUUCCUCGUGAGCGAGUACAGCGAGGAGAACAUCGCCUUCUGGCUGGCCUGCGAGCAACUCAAGCGAGAGAGCAAUCCCGAGACAAUCGAGGAGAAGGCGCGCUACAUUUACGACGAAUACAUAUCCAUACUUUCGCCGAAGGAAGUGAGUCUGGAUUCGCGGGUACGGGAGAUCGUGAAUCGCAACAUGGUGGAACCUACGCCGCAUACUUUCGACGAUGCGCAGCUACAAAUCUACACCCUUAUGCAUCGGGACUCGUAUCCGCGUUUCGUCAACAGCGAGAUUUACCGGAGGGUAGCCAGAUUGAAUAGCAGCAGUCCACCUAGUCCAAGCAGCGGACAGGAGCAUGGUAGUGGAAAGACAAAAGGCAAGCGGGGAGCAACGUAAUCGUGACGGAUGGUCCAAGGACAUUGGGGGCGCGAACCAAGACCUCCAAAACCAAAAGCAUCUUCAGACCAUGCGUCGGUCAGCCGAGAAUCGUUCGGCGGCGAGUUCGCGAUCGGCAACACUCUCCUCGACGGAGAGCCUCCGUCGAGGUGAGGAAUCAUUGCCCAAGCGGACAUGGCUGAUGAAGCUAAUCUCUCCCAAGAGGGACCAUUCCUCUAGGGUGGACAACGACGAUCUUUCUGAUCGUUUCUCGAAUCGCUCGCAUACGGGAGCCUGGAGCUUGUUCAGUGAAUCGCUCUUCCACGCGAAGGCGCAACGGGGCCACGUAAUCGCGCUCGUCAUUGCAUAUGAGCCAUUACAACACCGAUGAUGAUGACGAUGAUGAUGAUAAUGAUAAUAUUGAUGAUGAUGAUGGAUUGAAUGUAAAUCGCGAUCGCGGUCGAUCGUGUAGAUCACAGAUCGCGACGUUCCACUUCCAAAGAUUCGGUGCAAGCGGAUGCACACAGGGCGGUGGAUCGUAGCCGGAGAAAGGAAGGUCACGCGAUCGUUCGGGGAUGACGGACACCGCCGUGAAUACCAUUAAUCUCCCGAGUCCGUCGAUCUUCGAGUCACACAAUCUUCCCUCGUUGCCGUUAUAGUUUAGAGGUUCGCAUAGGAGAUCGACUCGAGCUCACGUCCUUCUUCCUCUUUUUCGCUCUUCUCUUGAAAACGAAUUCGAUUUGAAUCACAUAGCUUAUAUCUCACAUAGCUCAUAUAUAUAUCUCAUGAUUCAUUACAAAUAGGUAAAAUAUCUCUUCAUUUCUUAGCGAGUAUUGGAAGAAAAAAAAAGAAAAAUUAGAAAAACUCUUUAUCUAUUUUUCAAUCAAAUGCGCAUGUGUAAAAUAGGAAAAAUGUGAUUCCAAUUGAACUCGCCGUACUAAAGAGAUUGGCCAUGAUUUAAAUCUAAUAUAUGCGGCAAAAUGAUAUAUUCCUAAUAUGUAGCACAUAAUUGCAACUAUUUGAGGUAUUUGAUUGAAGCGAUAAUGGUAAUAUGCUGCAUAUGAUUAUCCAUUCAAAAUUCCAAGAAAAUAUUUAAUUUUCCCCACGAAAGAAAGUGCUACAAGCUUACAAAUCAAUGCUUCGCGAAACAAUUGAUAUUGAUUCUCUCUCAAAAUGCUCUUGAAUGAAACUCGAUCAUGUCUCCCGUGAACUUAGAUUAUAGCAAGGGCUUGACGAGAGUAUAGAUUUAAUCUGCUCAAGAUCGAAUUUGCCGGUUGCUCUCUUUCUCUUGUUUCUACGACAUUUAUCUUCCGUGAUUGGAAGAAAAUCAAGUCUCAACGUUGUUUUACAGCCCGCUGUAAUGUCAGGGUAACGCAUCGUAAAUAUAAUGUAUUUUUUAUGAUCGUGCGUUUUUCUAUAUCGCCAGUAGUUCGCGUCCGAGUCUUCCUCACCUCAGGAAAAAUGGGAUCGCGAAAUCAUACGUACUUAUUCAGAAAAACGAGAAGAGCGUCGAGAAAGAGAGAGGAAGGGGGAGAGAAAGAAGGAGAUUGCGGCUCUCCGUUAAAUAUACCUUGGCGUUCGCUUCCAUCGCGCUUUCAGAAGAAUUGCCGUUGGACGAUGAUCUUCGUCGCUUCUGGUGCGUCAUCCCCAUGGCGGAUAUCGAGCUACUGCCAGCGAGAACACACCAAAGAUCGAACGUGCGUCGAAGCCAACCAAUUUGACGAUCACCAAAGAGAAGAACGACUCAAUUCAAUGAACAUGUUACACACAAACGCGCAUACGACCACACAAAUACACGCACAUAUAAAAUAUAUACGUACAGAAGACACGCACACACGUACUCACGCUGACGCAAUGCGCGUACGCUCGUGUAAAAUCUAAUCUAGUCAUCGUCACGCGAAAAUGCGAUCCAGAUACGCGUGAUUGUGGAAGAAAAAGGCCUAAAUACGAGAAAAAUACCAAGUGUCCCUCGAACUCGCGCGAAAUCAAAGCGUCGAAAUUAAACUAUCAUCAUUGAUUGAUGCGGAUCAAAAAGAAAGAAAAAAAUGUAAUGAGAAAAAGAGAAAGAGAGAGAGAAAGAGAGAAGUAAAAGGGCGAAAAGCGGUGAGUCGUCGCGGCGCGAAUGCAUUCUUCUUAGCAUAUACUUAAUUCGUAUAUAAGUACGGAAUAGAAUCUAAAAAAAUAAAAAUAAAAAAAGAAUCACGACGACUCAAUCGUCACUGAUGAUCACUUGCGAUUCGCACCACGAUGCCUACCCGCCAGGAUUUCUUCUCGGCCGCGAUGUGCUUCGACAGAUCGCUCGUCACAUGGACAUAAUUUUGCCUUCGUCUUCAAGUUUACCUUCCAUUUUCAGAAAUCUUACACUCCUCGUGGUAGGUCUACGUCUGAGAUUUAUCGCAUGGCAUUGUGUAUUUGACAACGGUAAGUAAUUUAAGCGCGAUGGAGAGAGAAUUUAUAUCGAACAUUGCAUUAUAAUGAGAGCGCACGUUGGUAGAAAAGUGUCAGACUCAUGGAACUAAUGUUAAAUAUAAAUCUAGCUUAAUAUAAUGUCUCCCCUCCCUGAGAAACUCCUCGGCGUUUAUACUUGUGUCAGCCACAUUUCGUUAGAUGAAAAUGUCAGACGUAAACUUGCUACUACUGUUGUAUCUCAUCAUGAGAUCGAUCUUGGCGUCGCGAUCGAGAAGAGAGCGAUGCUUGGCCGAGGCAUAUCGUAAGCUCAAAAGAACGAUUACUUCCGUAUUUGCUUUUACCUUUUCCGCAACAAAAUGCUGAAUCGCAUUGACGGACAGCGGGGAUAUGAUAUUCGUCGUCAUCAAUAAAGCGACCAAAAGAGCGGUAAAGUUCGAGCGCAUCGCGGCGCGCCCGCCCAAUCUCCAUUCGCGAUAUAUACAUCGGUAUACACAUCUCGCGAUAUGUCAAGCGUAUACAUAACACACACAAAAGGCGCACGUGCUCUCCCAAGGAUCAUCGCAAUGAUGGGAGGGCGAACGAUAAAUGAGCGCGCAUCUCUCUAGUCAAAUCGUCGGCAUCGUCGCGAGCGGACAGCACAAGCGACAACACUCGCACAGUCAGUCAGCGUUUGGCUACUGCCCUGUAGAUAAUAUAUAGAUAGGUAUAUAAUGAACGAAGAGGAUUAAUGAUUAUAAAUAUAAAUAUAAUUAUAUAAAUAUAUAUAUAUAUAAAUAUGAAAAGAGAGAAAAGAAAUAUAUAUAUAAAUAUACAAAAAAACAUGUGCUAUGUUCCAAAUAGGUGCAGAAUGCGAACGUAUGGGAAUAACAGUGAGAAUGUGAGAGAAUGAAGCGCGAUUCUCUCUUUUUAAUCUCCGAUUCUUUGUUCGACGCGAGAACAGCCUGUCCGCCGCGACCGAAAACGAAAGACGACGGUAAUUAGUAAAUAUCUCUCAAGUCGAUAUCUUAAUUCUGACGUCGACGAUAAUGCCGUAUUCGCGUGACACCGAAGCGGAAGACGAACGUGACAUAAUGAAGAUCGUAAGCAACGAGAAUUGCGUAACUAGAUCAAGAGGAGGAGAGGAUAGAGCGAUAACGAUAUAUGUAUAAAUAAGUGUAAAUGUCCCUUUAAGACUUGUGAAUGCCUUAUUAUUAUUGUCUUCAUUAUUAUUAUCGUCGUAAUUAUUAUUGCUACUGCGUGAUUCUGCAUUAAAUUGAUUAUUAUAAACUCUUUUGUAUAGGCAGAGAUAUUUAAUUGCAUUUACUUGCUGCGAUUUUUGUAAGCAAAUCGCAAGAAGUAUGUGAUAUAGAAAUUUUGUGAUACAGAAUGUCGAAGAGAAUGCUCAGACUCUUCGCUCUCUCUUCUCUUGUCUCCAGCAGGGCUGUUCAUUUAGGAUCUCAACGUGGCUUCCGGAGGCCUCGCGUCGGCAUCGUCGAUGAAAUUAAGCGGUGAGAUUGCUCGAACGUCGUCUUCACUAAUAAACGCACAAUUUUCUCAACCUUCGA